AUGGUUGUAGAAACGAAAAUCCCAGUCUGGUUGGACUGUGACCCGGGACACGAUGACGCCUUCGCUAUCCUCCUCGCAGCUUAUCACCCCUCCUUAUCCCUCCUCGGAAUUUCCACCGUCCACGGGAACUCCUCCCUCCCCCACACAACCUACAACGCAACCUCGAUCCUCACCGCAAUCGGCCGUCCACAAAUACCCGUCUACCCCGGUGCCUCAUCUGGUCUCACACGCCCGGCCGUUCAUGCAGAUGCAAUCCACGGGGAGUCGGGCCUCGACGGGACCUCUCUCCUUCCCAUCCCCGCUGUUCCCCAUGUCGACGAGCCAGCCGUCCAAGCUAUGGCUGCUGCUCUCCUCGCAACUCCAAAGGAUACCGCAUGGAUAAUAGCAACUGGUGCUUUGACGAACAUUGCCCACCUUCUCACGAGCUAUCCCGACGCAGCGGGGCAUAUCAAAGGUCUUUCGAUCAUGGGAGGGGCGGUUGGCGAUGGCUUUACCACAGCACCACUUGGGACAGUUGACGCGAAAGAGAGGAUAGGAAAUUGGUCUCAGUGGGCUGAAUUCAAUAUCCUCGUUGAUCCUGAGGCUGCUGAUUUUCUCUUCCAACAUCCAGCUCUGAACAAGAAGACGACUCUCAUUCCGUUAGAUGUCACGCAUCUUGUUCUGGCGACGAAGGAUGUUCAGUCACUUUUGUUGAAUGGGAAGGAUGGGAAGGCAAAAACGACUUUGAGGGUUAUGCUAGUUGAAUUGCUCUUAUUCUUUGCGAAGACUUAUGCAGAGGUAUUCGGUAUCACGGAGGGCCCGCCACUGCAUGAUCCGUUGGCGGUGGCUGUUGUGUUGGACGGAAUAGUUGAUGCUGAGAUUCCGUUUUAUGACUUCAAGGAAAUGGGCAAGAGGGAGAGGUAUGCGGUGCAUGUUGUUACCGAGGGAUCGCACGAGGAUGCACAAGCUGGUGCCGAGACGGGGAGAACGAUUGUGAAGUUGUUACCCGAAGGAGAAGAAGGCGUGAAGAUCCCAAGGGGUUUAGAUUUCGGCAGGUUUUGGAGUGUACUCGAGGAUUCCUUAGAGACGGCUGAUAAGCUCAUUAAGGCUAAGGGGGGUUUAUAA